GGCAUCCCGAACAGGAAGGGAAGAGCCGGAGGCUUCGCUCACAGGAGCUGAGGGGUAUGCAGUAAGCUCGCCGCACGAGGGGCGUUAUCAUGGUAUACGCAACGCUGGACUAAGUUGGGAAGCGUGUGGUACUUCUGUGCAUGCUCUGGCGGGGCCCUCAUGGCACCUUUAGCGCAUAUUCCGUUCUCAUACUGGGGGUAAAGUGGCUCCCGGCGACCCUGGUGGGACUUUCCAAAUAAGGCUAGAGGAGUAAGGCCUUUUUAAGGACAUUGACACCGAGGAGAGGACUUUUCUGACCUCCUCCCUUCUGCAAAGAUGUCUGCCUCCCCUGGACUGUGCAUGACCGCCCGGCAGCAGAAGCUGGAGGCUAUCCUAAGGAAUCCGCGCUCCCCCAUCAAUGUGGAGAGUCUGCUGGAUGGCCUCAAUUCUCUGGUCCUUGACCUGGAUUUCCCUGCACUUAGAAAAAACAAGAACAUAGAUAAUUUUCUAAAUAGAUAUGAAAAGAUUGUGAGCGAGGUCCGCAAGCUGCAAAUGAAAGCGGAAGACUACGAUGUUGUGAAAGUCAUCGGGAGAGGAGCCUUCGGUGAAGUCCAGUUGGUCCGUCACAAAACCACACAAAAGGUGUAUGCCAUGAAAUUACUUAGUAAAUUUGAAAUGAUUAAAAGAUCCGACUCUGCCUUCUUUUGGGAAGAAAGGGACAUCAUGGCUUUUGCGAACAGUCCAUGGGUAGUUCAGCUGCAUUGUGCCUUUCAAGAUGAUAAAUACCUCUACAUGGUUAUGGAGUACAUGCCCGGGGGCGACCUCGUAAACCUUAUGAGCAACUACGACAUGCCCGAGAAGUGGGCAAAGUUUUAUACUGCCGAAGUGGUCUUGGCCCUGGACGCGAUCCAUUCCAUGGGGUUGAUCCACAGGGACGUGAAACCCGACAAUAUGCUUCUGGACAAGUAUGGGCAUCUCAAGCUGGCAGACUUUGGCACAUGUAUGAAGAUGGAUGAAACAGGUAUGGUGCGCUGUGACACGGCCGUUGGGACCCCCGACUACAUAUCCCCCGAAGUCCUGAAAUCUCAAGGAGGGGACGGUUACUAUGGGCGAGAGUGUGACUGGUGGUCAGUGGGGGUCUUCCUGUUCGAGAUGCUGGUUGGGGACACCCCGUUUUAUGCCGACUCGCUUGUGGGGACAUACAGUAAGAUCAUGGAUCACAAGAACUCAUUAAACUUCCCCGAAGAUGUAGAAAUAUCAAGAGAGGCCAAGAACCUCAUCUGCGCCUUCUUAACCGAAAGGGAGGUGCGGCUGGGGAGAAAUGGAAUAGGAGAAAUUAAGCAGCACCCAUUUUUCAAGAAUGAUCAGUGGACGUGGGAUAGCAUUCGAGAAACGGCUGCCCCCGUCGUGCCGGAGCUGAGCAGUGACAUCGACAGCAGUAAUUUUGAUGACAUCGAAGACGACAAGAGAGAUGUGGAGACGUUUCCGAUCCCUAAAGCGUUUUCGGGGAACCAGCUGCCUUUCAUAGGUUUCACCUACUACCGCGAAAAUCUAUUGUUUAACGACCCUUACAAGAACGGGAAUGAAAACAGCCCCGCCGUACAGCCAACGAAAGAGCAGUCGGCGGAGUUCCAGAAAGCUCUGCACCGCUUGGAGGAGCAGCUUCAAAAUGAGAUGCAGGCCAAGGACGAGCUGGAGCACAAAUACCGGUCCAUAAACGCUCGCUUGGAGAAGACCCUGAAGGAGCUGGAUGAAGAGGCAAAUUCUCGGAAGAAUCUCGAAUCCACAUCCAGACAGAUGGAGCGUGACAAGGCCUUGCUGCAGCACAAGAACGCGGAGUACCAAAGAAAAGCCGAGAAUGAGGCGGAAAAGAAACGGAUCCUCGAAAACGAAGUGAACAGUUUGAAAGACCAGCUUGAGGAUCUAAAGAAGAGAAAUCAAAACUCGCAGAUAUCCAAUGAGAAAAUUAAUCAGCUCCAAAGACAGCUUGAAGAAGCGAACGCUUUACUGCGCACAGAGUCCGACACGGCAGCCCGACUGAGGAAAACCCAGACGGAGAUGUCUAAACAGAUCCAGCAGUUGGAGGCAAACAACCGUGAAUUACAGGACAAAACCUGCGUGCUGGAGAAUGCCAAGCUGAAGCUCGAAAAGGACUUCAUCAACCUGCAGUCAGCCCUGGAGUCUGAGAGAAGGGACCGCUCGCAUGGCUCAGAAAUCAUUAGCGACCUUCAGGGCCGCAUAACUGCCUUAGAAGACGACGUAAAGAAAGGGAAAGAAUUGUUGGCGAAAGCAGAAGCCGAGAAGAGGCAGAUUCAAGAGAGGCAGGCCCAUUUAGAGAAGGAAAAAAGUAACAUGGAAAUAGAUUUCACGUACAGGCUGAAAGCCCUUCAACAAAGUGUGGAGAAAGAAGAAGCUGAGCACAAAGCUACGAAGGCCCGGCUGGCCGACAAGAAUAAAAUCUAUCAGUCCAUUGAGGAGACCAAGUCGGAAGCCAUGAAAGACAUGGAAAGAAAGCUUCAGGAGGAACGAGUGGCCAAGCAAAGCCUGGAGAACAGUUUGCUGGAGGCCGAGAAGCAAUGCUCCAUGUUGGACUGUGACCUUAAACAGGCCAAACAGAAGAUCAACGAGCUGGAAUCGCUGAAGGACAAACUGACGGAGGAUGUAAAAAACCUGACGUUGAAAACCGAACAAGAAACACAGAAGCGGAACCUAACGCAGAACGACCUGAAGAUGCAGCUGCAGCAGGUGAACAGCCUGAAGAUGUCCGAGAAACAGCUGAAGCAGGAGAUCAACCACCUGACGGAGAUCAGACUGAGUCUGGAGAAGCAGAACAACGAGCUUCGCAAAGAACGUCAAGAUGCAGAUGGCCAAAUGAAGGAACUCCAAGACCAGCUGGAGGCAGAGCAGUAUUUCUCUACAUUGUACAAGACGCAGGUGCGGGAGCUAAAAGAGGAGUGUGAGGACAAGGCCAAGCUGUGCAAGGAGAUGCAGCAGAAGGUGCAAGAGCUGCAAGAUGAGCGAGACUCUUUGGCCGCCCAGCUGGAGAUCACCCUGACAAAGGCAGACUCUGAGCAGCUGGCCCGCUCCAUUGCCGAGGAGCAGUACUCGGACCUGGAGAAAGAGAAGAUCAUGAAAGAACUGGAGAUCAAGGAGAUGAUGGCUCGUCACAAGCAGGAGCUUGCAGAGAAAUACGCCACCAUAUCAUCUCUUGAAGAAGCCAACAGGACCCUGACUAUUGAUGUGGGCAAUCUGGCUAACGAGAAGGAAGAAUUAAACAACAAACUGAAGGAAGCUCAGGAACAAAUUCACCAUCUGAAAGAGGAGGAAUCUAGCGUCGGUAUCCUCAAAACACAGUUCGAGAAGCAGCUGCUUAAUGAGAGGACUCUGAAAACUCAGGCUGUUAACAAGCUGGCGGAGAUAAUGAAUCGGAAGAUUCCCACCAAGAGCGGUCCGGACAAUGAUGUGCGAAGGAAGGAGAAGGAGAACCGGAAGCUCCAACUGGAACUGAAAUCCGAGCGGGAGAAGCUGACGCAGCUCGUCAUCAAAUACCAGAGAGAGAUGAAUGAAAUGCAGGCGCAAAUAGCAGAUGAAAGCCAGGUCCGUAUCGAGCUGCAGAUGGUGCUGGACAGCAAGGACAGCGACAUCGAGCAACUCCGCUCCCAACUGCAGAAUAUCCACAUAGGCCUUGACAGCACGAGCAUUGGGAGCGGACAUGGCGACACCGACGCAGACGAUGGAUUUCCAGUUCACAUCACUCAGUCCCGUACGACGGAGUCCAUGUCCUUCACCUACCAGCGUUCCUCCACUUCUGUCAGCAUUGCCACUAAGCCCUCGCGUUCUCGCUUGCUUCUCGACUCUGAUUCUGACUCAGAGGAGGAUCCAUCCCCCUGCGCACAAGCCCCUACCGAGCCCGAUAGCGAUGGCGGUGAAGAGUCCAGGCUGGAGGGGUGGCUGUCGCUCCCCGUGCGCAACACAAAGAAGUUUGGGUGGAUUAAAAAGUACGUGGUGGUGAGCAGCAAGAAGAUCCUAUUUUACGACAGCGAGCAGGAUAAAGAACAGUCCAACCCGUACAUGGUGUUAGAUAUCGAUAAAUUAUUCCACGUGCGGGCAGUUACCCAGACAGACGUGUAUCGAGCUGAUGUCAAAGAAAUUCCUCGGAUAUUCCAGAUUUUAUACGCCAAUGAAGGAGAAAGCAAAAAAGAGCAAGAAUUCCCACUUGAUCCGUUGGAGAAGUCGAAUUACAUUUGUCACAAAGGGCACGAGUUUAUUCCCACUCUCUACCAUUUCCCUACCAGCUGCGAGGCAUGUAUGAAGCCCCUGUGGCACAUGUUCAAACCCCCUCCUGCGCUCGAGUGCCGGCGCUGCCAUAUCAAAUGCCACAAAGACCACAUGGAUAAGAAAGAAGAGAUAAUAGCACCUUGCAAAGUAAACUAUGAUAUUUCUACGGCAAAGAACCUUCUCUUACUAGCAAACUCAACAGAGGAGCAGCAGAAGUGGGUGAGUCGGCUGGUGAAAAAAAUUCCCAAGAAGCCUCCGACCCCUGAUCCUUUUGCUAAAUCCUCUCCGAGAACUUCCAUGAAGGUACAGCAGAACCAGUCCAUGAGACGACCCAGCCGACAGCUUCCUCCAAACAAACCCAGAUUACUUGAUCUGGCAUUUAACGAUUGGGAUUGGUCUCUGGAUGAUGUAGAGGAUGACGACGAGGAUGUGUUUGAUUUCUGAAGACGUAAGCUGGCUAACUGCCUUCCGUGAAUGCAGGCUCACUUCAAGACGGUUUUCUUCCAGUUUAAGUAAAUAAGACUGAGCAUCCCGAAAUCAGACAAAAAAAAACAAAACUAUAUAUAUAUAUUUUUUCCUAAGAGACUGUGCUAUAUAUAUCAGAGGUUUACACAAUUGUUGCUGCAAUAUAUAAAUAUAUAGAAAUAAUGUUAUCUGACCAGUGGCUUUGGAUCCUGCGGAUGGUCAGCAUUCACACUGGGAUACUUAGAAUCAUAACAAGGAUUUUCCCUUUUUCGGCUUCCGAGCUCUUCAUUCUCCUUCCAGCACGCCGCGGAGCGUAAGCAACGUAUGUACGGAAGGUGCUUCCAGCGCCGAAGGAGACCCAGCGGUUUUAGUUGGAGACGCCAUCUUUUUCUUGGGUAGCGAUGAGGCGUAACUCCAGCCCUACAAACGCCUCUCCUCUGGUCGAAAAUUCUACACUACGUUGGAACGGAUGGAUUACUCGGUGCAAAGAUCACAACCGACGGAUCCGUAGCGUGUCGGUGCUCUGUACAGAUCCGUCGCCCACCGAUAUUUCAACAGCGGCCAAGCAAAGAGCACCCGACGGAGCGGCCAUUCUACCGUGUAUAUAGUUCUGUUGUACUACACCGCGAGGGGCUUGGUGAGAACGGCAUACUUUAUUUUUGUACUCGUUGACUGAGAUACCGUUACCCGCCGCGGUUGUAACUAUGCACAUGUACGAAGCCAUAGAGUCCGAUCAUUAUUGGUCCUUUUGUACGGGGACACAAAAAAAAUAAAUUGCAUGCAAGUGCUGAGCAUCUUGUCUAAGAUUUAAUAGACCCUGAGAAACCUUUUCUUCUUAUUAUUGAAAACCGUUAUCUUCCAUGAACUCUCCGGCUGCCUUAAAGACGUCAAACUUUUAAUUUUUUUGACCAUUCCAACGCUUGUUUCCAGCCGGGAGGAGGCAGCGCGUUAUUUGCAGACGUACCAGAUCACUGUCUUCUUCUGAAUGUAGUCAAGUCAUCUUAGAGACGCUGAAAGUGUUUGAAAACAUGUAAACAGAAUGGAUCGGAGCCAACGUCUCUUUCGGUUCUUACACCUUAAUCCCAAAAAGACCUCCUUGCGAUUCACUUUGUUCUUUAAUUCUCUUCAUUAAGUGCUACGACCCGUUUUGGCCUUCUUUAGCAUUCUAGGUAUGUUUUUAUUUCUUACAACAAAGGCGCAUCUGUGAUUUAUAUAUAUUUUUUUAAGUGUUCCUUGCACACGCACAUACAAGGGCUUUCACAAGCUUCAUUCAUACUGUAUAUCAGGAAGGAGUUAACCGAAUGCGGCCCUCCGGCCACUUAUGGACUACAACUCCCAUGAUCCCCCUCAAGGCCCCGCCGAGACGAGAGCUUGGCUAGCGGAGGACCACGGGAGUUGCAGCUCGUUUUUGUCGGCGGAGCCGCAAAUUGCCAACCCCUGCUGUAGAUGUAUUUUAAUAUUUGGGAACGUUUUCUCUGGGUAUUCAGAGACAUUUCAAACACGGCAUUUUGGAAAAUGUGUAGUUGGGAUGAAAUGGAAAAAAAAAAGUAAGGCCCCCUGAGAGGCACUUGCUUUGAACUAUUUUUACAUGGUCUUAUAAAAAAAUAUAAAUAUAUAUAAUUUAUGUGGGCUCCUUCAUUCUGUACUCAUAAAUAUCCCUGAAACUGCAUGUUUUAUACAGAAAACAGUAUGAUAAGAUGUUAACCAUAUUGACAAUAAACUAUAACAUGUAGCCUUCA